AUGUUUAUCCAUCAUCAACUCGUACAACAACAACAACAGAUGAGAACAUACAGCCGUAAAUCUCAUAUGAAAACAGCCUUGUACUUGGAAACGUAUCUUCAUACGGCCUUUAUCGCGAGUAUUGAAGACUUAAUAGCAAAGCUUGAUGCGAAUAAUGCUCACUCUAUGGAUUGGCAUGAAUUUCAUGCUCAAUUUGAAGCAUUGAAAGCAACAUUAAAGGCACAGUCGAAACUCGAAGAUUUGGGAUAUGUGCCAGCAAUUCAUGAGUUUAUUUCGGAAAAUGCAGGAAAAGAUAGUGUCCAAUUAAAGAAUUUGCUUGACUUGAAGACGAGUCAUAUACUUGAACAUAAGGUGAUUAAUCAUAUUGAAAAUGAUAUCAAGCAUCAUCAACAUCAUCAAGGUGAGAAUCAUAACAAGAUGUUAGAAAUGAAGAAGCAUCUUUUCGAAUUAAGAGAUAUUGUUGAUGAUCAUUUCCAAAAGAAGGAUGCUGUAUUUAAUCCAGUUAGUGAGCAGUAUCUUUCAAAGGAAGAAUUGAAAAGAAUUCAAGAGCUUGCUUUCUCUAAGCUACUGCUUAAAGAUAUACGUGCUCACGACCUCUUGCAUUAUUACUCAGUCACCAAGAAUUCUUUAGACUUGACUGAGACCAUGAUUAGAGAGAUUUUGCAAGCUCGCCUCAAUGAUUCAAAGGCAAAUGAUGUAUUGCUUGAGCUCAAAAAGCAUACACCUCAAGAAGUUUGGCUUCAAAUGACAACAAGAAUUCCAGAGUUGAACAAUCUCUAA